AUGACUUUGGAUACGAAUUUUCUUCCAUUCAUUAAUAUGCCAGCUCUUCCUUCAGAACCAGCAGACUCAAAAAUAACAAAGUUAGAGCGCCUGAAUUUGAGACCAUGGAAUGGUUACCAGGUUUGA